ACCUGCUCAGAAGAGGACAUGGACAUUUUCUCAAAAUCUGUUGUUAUCCUGAACAAUGGACAUAAAAUGCCAGUGAUUGGGUUUGGCACCUAUGCCCCGCAAAAAUUUCCUAAGAGCCAGUCAGAGGAAGCCACCAAGGUUGCCAUUGAGGUUGGGUAUCGCCAUAUCGAUAACGCCUAUAUUUUGGAAAUGAAGGUGGAAGUUGGUCAGGCAAUCUGGGAAAAGAUUGCAGAUGGAACCAUAAGGAGAGAAGAUGUUUUCUAUACUGGGAAGCUCUGGAGUACAUUUCAUACCCCAGAACUUGUCCAGCCUGCUCUAGAGAGGUCACUAAAGCAACUUCAGCUGGAUUACAUGGACCUGUUUAUUAUCCACAUGCCUCUGGAGAUGAAGCCAGGUAAUGAUCCUUUCCCUGUAGAUGAAAAUGGACAAAUCAUUUUCCACAAUACAGAUUUACGAGAUACAUGGGAGGCUAUGGAGAAAUGUGUGGAUGCAGGUCUAGUGAGGUCUAUCGGAGUCUCCAAUUUUAACCGAAGACAGCUUGAACUGAUUCUUAACAAAGCAGGACUCAAGUACAAGCCAGUGUGUAACCAGGUGGAAUGUCACAUCUACCUGAACCAGAGAAAGCUUCUGGAAUUCUGCAAAUCUCAGGACAUUGUUCUGGUUGGGUACAGCGUGCUUGGAUCUAGCAGAGAUGAGAGAUGGAUUGAUCAGAACGCUCCGGUUGUCCUGGCGGAUCCGGUUUUAGCGACCAUAGCCAAGAAACACAACAAGUCACCGGCUCAGGUGGCUCUAAGGUUCCAUCUUCAGCUUGGAGUUGUUGUCCUGGCAAAAAGCUUUAACCCCGCAAGGAUCAAGGAAAACUUUCAGGUUAGUUGA